AUGGCUCUGAAACAACGCUCUCUCUCCAGAGAAGAGGAGGCAGAGCUUGCCCGAAGUAAUAAAAAAGUAAAGGAUUUUCAUCACACUGAAUUCAAUGAAGGCUCUUGUGAGGGCUCUCUACCCCGAGACAGCCAAGAUGCUUGGAGCCGAUCUAAAGGCUCCUUUAAGGAUAUGCUGAUAGGGGAAAUUCCAGGGGCUUACGCCCAAGCUUUUGAAUUUCCCAACCUCAUGGACUCGGAUGCUGAAUCGGAUGAUGAGGUCUCUACUGCUGAGCUCCGAGAGGGUCUUGUAGCUGUCAAGCUUUCUAGAGAAACUAAGCUCCGUAUCAGAAAGCCUUGGUCAAAAGCUAUCAUUGUAAAGUUGGUGGGAAGAACCGUGGGCUUCAACUUCCUGCAAAACAAGCUGAACCAACUUUGGAAACCCACAGGGAGAUUAGAUUGUGUCGAUUUAGGGAAUGACUUUUUCUUAGCUCAUUUCUAUUCUAAGGAGGAUCUUGAUGUUGUUCUGAAAAGAGGCCCAUGGUUUGUUGGAGAUCAUUUUUUAUCCAUUAGACCAUGGGAGCCUUUCUUUACGCCCGACUCAGCGAAUGUUUCUAUGGUUGCUGUUUGGAUUAGACUGAAUAGGCUUCCCAUAGAACUCUACGAAGCAGAAGUUCUCAAACAGCUUGGUGAGGCUAUUGGAAAAGUUUUAAGGAUUGACACCCACACGGCUAUGGAGGCGCGGGGUAAAUAUGCUAGACUUUGCGUGCAAAUCGACAUCAACAAACCUCUGGUUAACACCAUUCUCAUAGGGCGGUUUGAGCAGGCUGUGGUCUACGAAGGAAUUCAAAAACUCUGCUUCUCUUGUGGCCGUGUUGGCCAUCGUAAAGAAACUUGUCCUUACACAAUUCGCAAGGAGGAGCAGCCGGAGGUUACAGCGGAGAAACAUCAUGCAGGAUAG